CCGGGCGUCUCCCCGCAACCUCCUAAACUUCCCUUGUCCGUGACGCUGCGCCCAGAAGAGAUCCGACGGGACGGGGGUCGGGAUAACGUGAGCUGCAGUAUAUGCCAGCGCUCCACUCCAGAAGAAAAAAAGAAACCAUUUGCUGGUGUGAUUUAUGUGUGCAAAAACAUAAGGGACUCAUGCUGUACAGAGAAUGUUCUUGAUUGAAGGAAGCAGCAGUAAUGAUGAGACAGCUUUUUAAAAAUCUGGAAUUUCUGGGAGACAGCAGAAUAUAGUGUUAAAAUAAGAUGGAUGCACAGAGUUCAGCCAAAGUCAACACAAGGAAGAGGAGGAAAGACGCACCUGGACCCAAUGGGGCAACAGAGGAAGAUGGAAUUCCUUCAAAAACGCCACGCUGUGCAGUUGGCUUACGACAGCCAGCUCCGUUUUCUGAUGAAAUUGAAGAAGACUUUAGUAAGCCCUAUGUCAGGGUAACUAUGGAAGAAGCCAGCAGAGGAACUCCUUGUGAGCGGCCUGUGAGAGUUUAUGCAGAUGGAAUAUUUGACUUAUUUCAUUCUGGUCAUGCCCGGGCUCUGAUGCAAGCAAAGAACCUUUUCCCUAAUACAUACCUCAUUGUGGGAGUUUGCAGUGAUGAGCUAACGCACAACUUCAAAGGCUUCACAGUGAUGAACGAAAAUGAACGCUACGAUGCGGUACAGCACUGCCGCUAUGUGGACGAGGUGGUGAGGAAUGCCCCCUGGACCCUGACACCAGAGUUCCUGGCAGAACACCGGAUUGAUUUUGUAGCCCAUGAUGACAUCCCUUAUUCUUCUGCUGGUAGUGAUGAUGUUUACAAGCACAUCAAGGAAGCAGGCAUGUUUGCUCCAACACAGAGGACAGAAGGGAUCUCCACAUCAGACAUCAUCACCCGAAUUGUCCGGGACUAUGAUGUGUAUGCCAGACGGAACCUACAGAGGGGCUACACGGCAAAGGAGCUCAAUGUCAGCUUUAUCAAUGAGAAGAAAUACCACUUGCAGGAGCGGGUUGACAAAGUAAAGAAGAAAGUGAAAGAUGUGGAAGAAAAGUCAAAAGAAUUUGUUCAGAAGGUAGAGGAAAAGAGCAUUGACCUCAUUCAGAAAUGGGAGGAGAAAUCCCGAGAAUUCAUUGGAAGUUUCCUGGAAAUGUUUGGUCCAGAAGGAGCGCUGAAACAUAUGCUGAAAGAGGGGAAGGGCCGGAUGCUGCAGGCCAUCAGUCCAAAGCAGAGUCCCAGCAGCAGUCCCACUCGUGAACGCUCCCCUUCCCCCUCUUUCCGAUGGCCCUUCUCUGGCAAGACUUCCCCGCCUUCCUCCCCAGCACAUCUCUCCAGGCACAAGGCUGCAGCCUAUGAUAUCAGUGAGGAUGAAGAAGACUAAUUUUUCACCCCUCCUUUCCUCUCCCUUCCCUCUGUCCCAUCACCUUCAGAAGCUCUCUGUUGAAUUCCAAAUUGUGAUCCCAACACUAAACCUAAGGACAGCGACAAAGGAAAGACAGCUGGGGCGAGAGGGCCUAGGAGGGGGGACCAGACAGCCCGUCCUCCAAGAGACAUCACUUACCACACUAAGGAGGCUGACUGUGUCUCAGAAGCCGGUUCUGCAUCCAUGUACCCUCCCCACAGACUUUGCUUUACUGCUUAUGUUUAUGUGAUCUUGACAGGGAAAUUGUCAUUUUUAUUAUUUUUUUAAAAAUUAGCCUUUCAAAUGUAAGUAGAACUAAUUUUUUUUGCCCUGAGGAGUGGGCAGAAGGAAGUGGUGUGAUACCCAGAGGCCUUUUCUUCUUGAUACACUAUAGUGUUUGCCUUCUAUUCUGAGGCAAACUGGCUUGCCAAGUCCUUCAAGCAAUGAGCCAUGCUGGGUGAUUUAUGUGUGUAUUGGGGGAGGGAUAUAAUUUUGGUUUCCUUUAAAAAAAAAAGCCAAAAGCUGGGCAAUAGUCACAAAUCCCCUAAAUGUACUACUGGCACGUGUCGAUGUGGCUGUGGAAAGAUCUGAGCCUAACUUUUCUUACUCCCUGAGGAGCUUCUUUUGGUCCCAAUGGGGUCCAUGAAGACACCGAUGGGGAUGGAACCAGACCACAUGGCGUCAGCUGCGGUUUUGCUACUGUGUUCAUCUCAGACAAUUCUAUUGCCCAGUUAUUUGGGAACUCUUGUCAGCCUCUUUUUUUUGCUAUCUCCCUUUAAGAAAGAACACUUUCAGCUUUCCUGUGAUUGAGGAAGAGAGUGGGACAAUACUCAAUCUUACACAAAAUCAGUUUAGAUUAAUUUCCCCCCUGGAGUAAGUCCCUGGCCCUGCUACUCCUAUUUCUAUGCCCAUUUCCUAAAUUUUUACAAAGAAUACUUUGUAAAUGUCUGCAGUUUGAACAUGAUCUAUUAACCCAUGUUGCUCAUAGCCAUAUUGAAUAUUUAGACAUUUGCACAGAACACAGACGCAAAAGCACAAGGAAACACCCCCCCCCUUCCCAAAGCCUUAUCUUGACCUCUGCCCCACUUAAGAAUAUUCUUGACGGGAACCAGUGCUCCACCCAGCAUUUUUCCUGCAAAGGUGGCAGCUGGCAGGGACUUACUUCCCUCCACCACCCCUCCAGCGAGCCACAAAGCCACAUUCACAUUAGAAGAGUGGGUUCUCUCCCUCUUCCGUGUGUGCCUAGUGGUUGUGGUCCCACCUCCCGUUAGGUUGCCCAGGGGCAUUCAUCACUUACGUUUCAUGUCAAAGAGUGCUGAAGCUUAACACCUGCUGUUGAGCGUGAGCUCAUUUUAAAACUCCAGCGUCCUACAGCUACCUGACCUAGCUUUACUAUCAUCAGUAAUCAUCCAUCAGUAAUCUUAAACUGGGUUCAGGGGAAGAUUGCUUAUGUCCAGGCCCCACCCCAUCACUCAUAAAUACCCCUUGUGGGGGUGGAGUUUUAGUGUUUUCAGCUAAGAAAACCCAUUUUUAUCUUUUCUUGCCCCUCUGCUAGGGCUGUGAGCAUCUCAUAGUCGCCUCCCUAAACACUUUUGGUAAAACCUACCUGCCUGCAUAGCAGGACCACCUAUGUUCUUCAAACUCAGACCACCCAGAGGCAGAGCAUGGCAGAAUAGAGGGACAGUGGGGGAAACCUCUUGUCCUGAUGGCCUGUGAAAACUACAUUUAAACUCUUCUCAUGAAGUGCUAUUUUUACUGUCAGACCUGGUUUACACGAGCUUCGGCUUGGGAUCCUUUUUUUGAAACAGUUGAAGUUAAUGUUUGCCUAUAUUACUCAGUUUCAUGAUUACGUUUUAACUUUUCUGGUAAGUUCUUAGGCAGUCUUUCUUCUUUGGGAUUUCUGCCUAUUUCAGUCUUAUUCUCCCUGGUAUAGAAAGGCAAUGAAGUCACCACUGAAGCCCACCUACUUGUUUCCUCAAAGAACACGUUACCCAGUAUAUUUGGAAAGGGAGAUGCCUAAAAUGUGGGUUUGGGUUUCCUCCCUGCAGUCACUCCCCUCAAAUAUAUUGUCUGGGACACAAAUCUCUGUGCCCUUCUCUGCUCUAUCAAUGGGCUGCUUUUGGCAUGCUGGGCCCUCGGAAUAACCUCUGAGCUGAUCAUCCCUGAGACUACUAGGGCUAGCAUGUGCACACAUUCUUGGAAAACUCUCUUGCCUCUUUUGUCAAGACUACAGCCUCAGUCUCCUAACACUACAAUAUCUUCAAAUAAUUUUCACUGAAAGCAAAAACUUUUAUAGUAUGGCAUGUUAGAUAUUUUGGGAUAAAUGUGACCCUAGGUGCGGGACAAGAAUGGGAGGGUGGAGGAAGCUGUGGGAAUGAUGUGGCAUUUGAUCAUUUGGGCCUAAUUCAGUGAGGUUACCACGACCAUGCCUGUGAUCCGUAAAUCCUCUAAUAUUAAUGUUUGAGGUUGUGGAGAUGUUUCUCUGAAUCCCACACACAAAGCUGUCAGCCUGAAUAGGCCAAAUAUGGCAGAAAUGGGAGAGCCUUAAAAGUUGGUUGACCUCAGAACCUCUAAGAUAGAAGAAUGGAGAAGGAUGUCCUAUAGCUAAGCUUGUGCUGAGGAGCUGCCAUUUCAGCAGUUUCCUUGAGAUGCACUGGGCAGAAAGUUUGCUCUUUUCAUACACUAAAUUCAGUAGAACUGAAGAAAAGAAGUUGAAAUUUUAGAGGACUAGAAAUGGAUCUUUUGUACUGCUGUGGCUGUUUCUGAUAGCUAGAGUCAAAGACCAUUAUUUUGCUGAGGCUUGGGUAAGAAGGUCGCGGAUGUGAGGAGGUUGAAAAUCCUGGAGAAAAAAUAUGAAGGAGGUCAAGAGGACUUUUGACCUUUUCUGAUCACUGAUAACUUCUUAGGCAGCACCUGAGUUCUAUUUUUAAAAUUUUACUUGUGACCACACAGCUGGUCAGGCAGUGUAUGUGUAUUCUCUCUGCAAUGGUACUUCACAGUGCUUUUGUUACUCUCUUUCUGGAUUAUCUUGACUUUUGUGUUGCUUUUGAUUUUCUGGAGCUCAUUGCCUUUUUAAUCCUUUCCCAGAUCUCAUAUUUAGAAUCUUUCCAAAUCAAUUAUAUUUUGCUGCUUUUCUUUAAUUCCCUAAAAGCCAUAACUUGUACAUUUUCUGUCAGCACAUAUUCUUACCAGAAAUUAAACUAAUACAGGUAGGGGGGGAAAAAACUCCCUUAACAAUGUUUUUAACUAAUGGUAUUGUUUUUUAAGCUUACCAAUAUAAGUAUUUUUGAAGGUUAUAUUUUUCAAAGUCAUACAAUGAUUAUUCUUGUUUUCUCUCAUAGAAUAGAUUGUCAUGGGAUAAAGGGUGGUCCCUAGCUUCUAUUUUUCCAAAUAAGUAGAACACGUUCUUGGGAUUACACUAUUAAAUGUUAAUUUUCUUUAAAAGAAGAAAGAUUUUUUUGUCUGCCAAAAUUAUAUGUUAAUAUUGAGAUUGGGGUAGAAAACAAAAAUGCUAGGUUUAGCAUUAAGGACGACUCGGGUUGUAUUCUUUUAGGUUUAAAGUGGGCUUCCCCACCCUUUUUUGGAGGCACUGACUAUGUUUUGAAUACAGACUUACUUGGUUGGUUGGAUUGCUUUGUAUUGAGAAAACUGGAAAAAAAAAAGAAAAAGUUUCGGAAAGCAAUGCUGGCCUUGGCAUGAAUGUUAGCCCCAUCACCAGUGCCGAAGUCUACAGGAAUGUUCUUCUUAAUUGCUGUUCAGUAUAUUGUUUUCCUGUCUGAGUGUUAGUAAUUUGUUCAAAGUUAUUUUGGCUUUUGUCAUUUAGGCAAAUAAAGGCAAAGUGGUUUUA